UAUGGCUUCAAAACAUAUUUUUCUUUAAAUAGUAAGAACUCAUAGAGAUUAUUUUUCCAGGAUAACCCAUUUGACAAUAAAAAUCAAUUUAGAGAACACAGGACACAAAGGCUGCCAAGGGUGGAACACAGCUGGGGACCAGACUCUAUUUAUUGAACACUUAAUGGCCAGUGAAAUGCUUUGCACAUGUUGUCACCCUCCACUGUAUUUGACAUCUUUAGUGCAGAGAUGUGGAAACUGAGGCUCCAAAAGGAAGAACAUACCUGCUUGCCCUGUUUGUUAAAGGACAGAGCUGGGUUGUAGACUCUGGUCUCUCUGCCCUUAGAACCACCUGUGUUGUGGGUCCUUGAAAGACUUUUCCCUCUUUUUGGACUAGAGAAUUCCUCUUCUCCUUGCUGCUGUUUUAUUUUCUUUGUGGGCCCAUAGCAGUAGACAUCCCAGCCACAGUCACAUUGUCACAUUUAAAAACCAUGGCUUAUAGGAGCGCCUGCAUGGCUCCGUCAAUUUGGCGUCCGACUCUUGGUUUUGGCUCACAGUUCAUUGGUUUGAGCCCCAUGUCAGGCUCUGUGCUGACAGUAUGGAGCCUGCUUGGGAUUCUGUCUCUCUCCCUCUUUCUGCACCUCUGCUUCUUGUUCUCUCUCUCUCUCUCAGAAUAAUAAACGUAUUUUUUUAAAAAUACAGGGGUGCCUGGGUGGCUCAGUCGGUUAAGCGUCUGACUUGGGCUCAGGUCAUGAUCUCGCGGUUCGUGAGUUCAAGCCCCGCAUCAGGCUCUGUGCUGAUGGCUCAGAGCCUGGACCCUGUUUCAGAUUCUGUGUCUUCCUCUCUCUCUGACCCUCCCCCGUUCAUGCUCUGUCUCUCUCUGUCUCAAAAAUAAAUAAACGUUAAAAAAAAAAUUUUUUUUUAAAUACAAACAAAAAAAGGAAAAGAAACAUGGCCUAUUGAAUGCAUGUGAGAUAACUUUUGUAAUAAGAUUUGCUGCUUUGAGUUCUUCCCAUUAUUGAAGAGUAAUGGAGCCUUCAUUGCCUAUAUAUGAUUGUAAAUGCUGAUCCUUACGCAGUAUACUUUCCUUUUGUUAGUCUGAAAUUUAUUCCAGUGUGCUGAUUUGUUAGAAUGAGAUGUAAAACUGCCACCUGACAAGUGUUGUAAUAAACGUAAAAGUUGUCAUUGGCUGAGGUGUAAAUCAAGAUCCCUAGGGUUGUGCAUGCAGUGUCUAGUCGCAGAUGAGGAGACAGUGUAGGAAGAAGUUCAUUACUUCUAUAAUUCUUAUUCUAGGUCUCUUCUGUUUCAGGUUUUUCCAGGAGCUGGCUGUGCAAGGCUAGUAAGGGGGAGAGAGGAAGACUGGGGUGGGAUGGACAGACCUACCUUUUAUCCUUUACACAAAUGGAAAUAGCAUAACAAGUCCAUGUGCAUUGCUCUCCUGCUGUAGGUCUGUGUCUGUCUUGCACUUUUGACUAUGGUGAGAAACACUUCGCCAACAAGGUCAUAGACUACAAAUGGAGGGGCAAGACACAUAUACAUGAAACUGAACUGGAGAGUUUGUAUUGUGUGACUUAAAAUAUAGAAAGCUCUAGAGAAAGGAGAGAUUACUGACUGUGACCAGAACUAAUCAGGGCAGGUAGGAUAUGGCCAAAUAGGACAAGGAGUCUUGAGGUCCUGUCAUUUUCAUAGUAUUAAGAGGCAGAAGAGCUGUGCAUCCAAAGACCUAAGACUGACCCAAGGUAGAACCCUUGGGGGGCCAGCCUUCCCAUAUAAUGACAUUAACAUAUGCCCUUCAUAACAGAUUCUGGGUUCCCAGGACCCCUCUUCCCAGAGGAUGGGGGGUGAAAGGGCACCAUUGGAACCUCCUCAGCCUGCCCCUCCUGUUGUUCAUCCAUCCCUUACUCUGAAGUCCCUUAGCAUUGAUACAAACAGUCAGUGCCACCCUGUCCUUCCAUGUUUACCUAUUGCCUAGGGGUCCCCUUCUCCCAUCUCCUUCCUUUGGUCUUAGUGCCUGGUGUUGUCUGUGGGUGUGGAAUGUCUAGGAAACACUUCGCACAUGUUUGUCUUGAUAUCAUGGUGCCCAGAAAGCCCUGUGGGAUCCUGAAUUGUGAACCAACCUCAUCCUUGGGGCCUAGCACAGAACUGAGGUGACACUGUCACUCCAGUCUGAAUGCUGUAACAUUACUGCUCUUCUCAUCUCAGCUGGAGGGUCCAUCCCAUGAUUCUGAUCUGGCACAGGAUUUCUGAAUAGAUUAGAAUGGAAAACACCUGAAAACUCAAUUCUAUGGACAGGCCUUUAAUUUAAGCACUUGUUGUGCAGACUGAGCAUGGAGUUCAGCCAGUGAGGUAAAAGGGGAGCUGGGAUCUGUUUGGGGCAAGGAAAAAUCUAUUUCACAGUCUUGACCAUUUAAAAACUCUGGAGAUGCUUACCCUGUUUGUGUCUAGAGGACUUGCCUUUCAGGUGAAGAGUCUCUGCUCCUUCACAUGAAUAAUUGUAGCCACUGGGUUUUCCUUAUUCCAGAUUUGCUAGAAUCCACAUCUGAUCACACAGCUGAGAAAGACCCUUGGUUUAUUUGGACAUGUUGCUGAACCUCAGGCUCGUGUGCUUCUGAGCUGCUGUGGAUGGCCCUGGCUCUCUUGACCACUCUUCUGAGUAGGAUGUCACUGAGAUCCCUCAAAUGGAGCCUCCUGCUGCUGUCCCUCCUGAGUUUUCUUGUGAUGUGGUACCUCAGCCUGCCCCACUACAAUGUGAUAGAACGUGUAAACUGGAUGUACUUCUAUGAGUAUGAGCCAAUUUACAGACAAGACUUUCGCUUCACACUUCGAGAGCAUUCAAACUGCUCUCAUCAAAACCCUUUUCUUGUCAUCCUGGUGACCUCACACCCUUCAGAUGUGAAAGCCAGACAGGCCAUUAGAGUUACUUGGGGUGAAAAAAAAUCUUGGUGGGGAUAUGAGGUUCUUACAUUUUUCUUACUAGGCCAGCCAGCCGAAAAGGAAGACAAAGUGUUAGCAUUGUCCUUAGAGGAUGAGCACAUUCUUUAUGGUGACAUAAUACGACAAGAUUUUUUAGACACGUAUAAUAAUCUGACCUUGAAAACAAUUAUGGCAUUCAGGUGGGUAACUGAGUUUUGCCCCAAUGCCAAAUACAUCAUGAAAACAGACACUGAUGUUUUCAUCAAUACUGGCAACUUAGUGAAGUAUCUUUUAAAUGUAAACCAUUCAGAGAAGUUUUUCACAGGUUAUCCUCUAAUCGAUAAUUAUUCCUAUAGAGGAUUUUACCAAAAAGCCCAUAUUUCGUACCAAGAGUAUCCCUUCAAGGUGUUUCCUCCCUACUGCAGUGGGUUGGGUUAUAUAAUGUCCAGAGAUUUGGUGCCAAGAAUCUAUGAAAUGAUGAGUCACGUAAAACCCAUCAAGUUUGAAGAUGUUUAUGUUGGGAUCUGUCUGAAUUUAUUAAACGUGGACAUCCAUAUUCCAGAAGACACAAACCUUUUCUUUUUAUAUAGGAUCCAUUUGGAUGUCUGUCAACUCAGACGUGUGAUUGCAGCUCAUGGCUUUUCUUCCAAGGAGAUUAUCACAUUUUGGCAGGUUAUGCUAAGGAAUACCACAUGCCAUUAUUAAUUUGACAAAAGCCUAGAGAAAGACAGGAUACUCUGUGGAAAGUAUUAAUAUUACUGUAAAAUGUCCAAUGGAAAACUCAUGGGAAGGUCACUGUGUUGAGUUACACUGAACUGAGACUCAUGAAGAAUGCACAGACUGGGGACUGGAGGGUCACACUUUGAUUUACCUAGACCAAAAUCAAGUCAGGCCCUUUAAAGGUGAUUGUAAGAGGAAUUAAACACCUUAUAAAGGAAUCGGGGAUUUUUGUUAAUAAAACGAAUAGGACCAAACUAUUUGAAUGUGCCAUUCUGUAGGCUAGAACUUGUUAAAAGGGUUUCAUUGAAUUAUAAGCUCAUUAGUCCAUAACAUCGAAGCAAUGGGGAGCUCUACUCAUUGAGCAGUCUAGUCUGUUAAGGGUUUUGUGUAUAUCUGACAUGGAUUACCAGUUUUUAAAAAUACAUAGUUCUGUGUAAAAAACUGAAGUUACACUGAACAAAAUUUCAUCCAUUUUGGUCAUUCAGAAGGUACUUCAAGAUGUUACAGCAUUUCACAGUUAUGAAUUACUAUUUAAUAUUACUUAGGACUUCCUGGUGUUUGAAUGUUAUGGUUGUUUCAGUACUGUAUAAAGCAAAUAGUGAUGCACCCUUAUCCAUUUGAACUUUUUCCCAGUUACCUCACUGAUGAGCUUAUUAUUUCAUAGCUCCAUUAAUGUAAAGACAUUGGUAAUUAUCACAUAUCAGUAAUCUCUUGGACUUUGAUAAAUAUUUUACUGUGGUAAUACAGAGAAGAAUAAAAGCAAGAAGAUCUGAA